GAUCCAUUGCCAGCUGAAGAAAUUGCAAUUAUGAUGAUGGAAUGUUCUAAAUACGAGGAAUUCGACCUGCAGUCAAUUCAAGGUUUAGAACUGGCAGUUCAACCCAUCACUGAUCGCGAUAUUAUUGAAUUAAUAGUACUUCGCCAACUCAACACUCUGUCCAUGGUAGUGAUAAUAGUAAUGUCUACUAUUAUCGGGAUAUUUCUGUUGUAUACUGGAGGAGCUGUGAUUGUAAAAGUGAAGACUGACCGCCUUAUUGAAGAAGAACGGCAAAAAGUUCUUCGAAUCACUCCAGCAGCACCAGCAGCACCCACGGGUGAGAUGUACGUGAUGCAGGAUUUAUCACAAAUGCCAUCGACGAGUCAGGAACCACCACGUCAUCGUAUUGCAACGGUGUCACGACAUCAGUGA